AUGUCGGCCCCCGGGCUUCCCAACAUGCGGCGAUCAGCCCAUCUUCUGCGGAAUUGUGCCUUGGCGCUCUUCGCCGGCCUGGCCCUGAACGUCGCCACGAGCAUCGGCUUCGCCUCCUUUGGCUCCUCUCUUUUUACCGGCUCGAGGAGCCAGACACGGCUCGCCAGCUCGCCGGGACGGCGCUUGGACUUGAGAACCUCGCAGCGGGUAGCUCCAGAUGGAAUGGAUGGGCUUGCGGUUCAAGGUCUGUUGGAUUCUUCUCUGUUGACCUCCUUUGCGGACCAAGCUGGCAACAUCAACGGGAUCUUAUUCCAGGGCUCACUGCCCGCAUACCUGCUCUUCCUGUACUUUUUGAGUUACAAAGGGAACAACACUCCGCCCUUGACCUUUUUCGGUUUCGCCUUCUUGCUGGUCUUCGUGCUCCUGACGAUUCCAGCGGGCAUCAUCUCCAAGAGCACCUACGGCCUGAUCUUGGCGGAUUCAGACUGGGUGCAUGGUAGUGCGGAGUCUCUCCUGACCUGUACCAACAUCAUGAUCGUUUUGGGCUUCCGUGGGGCCCUGACGGGAAAUGCUGACCUUGCAGACAACGGCACAGUGCGAAACAUCGCUUUUGGAUGGCUGGCGGCCGUGAUUCUGACGCUGGCUGCCGGCAUCCCAGUCUUUGGCUUUGAGGCUCACACGCCUUUCUUGUCCGGUGUUGGUGCUUUGGACAUCGGCUCUGCCGAGCCUGUGAAUGCUUUGUCUAUUCCAAAUUGGAUCGUGCAUUGGUCGACCGUCUUCGAGUUCCUUCUGGCCAUGUCCUUGGCCUGGCGCUAUGCCGAUGCUGUGGGGAACCCGAAGUGGAAGGGUUUGACCUGGGGGAUGCUCCCCUCCUCGAUCUCGAGCGUCUGCGCGCUGACGUUCCAUAUCUUUUACAACCAGAUCCCUUGGAUCCUGACGGGGCAAGCUCUCUUCACCUUCAUCGGCAAUGCCACCUUGGCCCUGGCGACCUAUCGCAUCGCCGUCUCCAACGGCUGGACCUUGGGCGAGCUGGAUCCCCGGCGCCUCUUCGAGGAGAAAACGGAAGAGAGCUCCGGCUCUUCCUCCUCGGGCUUUGAGAUCGCCAAGGUGUCGAAGAGUCCAGAAGGCGAGCUGACCUCCGGGCCGCUCUUGUUGGCCGAAGUGAUCCUCCUGACCCUCCUCUUUGCUUAUGGCACCAAGUACGGAGAGCUCAUGCUUUCGCCCAGCACCUUCCAGUCACCGGAAUCGAGUCCCCAAGCAGCGGCCCUCAUUGCGCUCCCCGUCCUCCUCGUGGCUUACAUCAUCUACGGUCAAAGCCCCGACCUCCAAAGCGGCCAGCUCCCGCCCCUCGCCCUCUCCUCGUCUUCAGCCAAGGAGAAAUAG